AUAGUCAAAUCAAAACCAAAACAAACGGGACAACAUCGUGGCGAGGUUGUCCCCACAACACGUGUCUCUCUGUGAAAUUUCUACUUAUUUUCUCCUUACAGUUGUUUACAAGGAAGGAAAUAUGGAUUAUAUUACGCCUGGAGCACCGACUGUUGGUGUGAUCCUGUGUUGUGACUGUGGUGCGGCAAUCCAGCCCAACCCGACCAACAGAUGCAUUGCCUGCCUGCGAGCGCGCAAUGACAUCUCAGAGGGUAUCCCCAAGCAGGGAAACCUCCACUUCUGCAAGGGGUGCGAGCGAUACCUAGAACCCCCGUCUACGUGGGUGUUUGCUCCCCUUGAGUCAAAAGAGCUGCUGCGCCUCUGUCUUAAGAAGCUCAAAGGACUCAACAAAGUGCGUCUUGUCGAUGCAGGGUUUGCGUGGACUGAACCUCAUUCAAAGAGGAUAAAGGUCAAAUUGAGUGUGCAGAAGGAAAUUCAAGAAGGAGCUGUUCUGCAACAAGAUUUCAUUGUAGAAUUCUUGGUAACAGGCCAGAUGUGUGAUGACUGUCACAGAGUCGAAGCUAAGGAUUACUGGCAAGCAGUGGUCCAGGUGAGACAAAAAACUGACCACAAAAGAACAUUCUACUACCUAGAACAGUUGAUUCUGAAGCACAGAGCCCACGAAAAGACCCUUGGCAUCAAGCCAGUGCAUGAGGGACUAGAUUUCUUCUAUUCCUUCGAGCCUUAUGCUAGAAAGCUGCUAGACUUCUUUUCAUCUGUGGUACCCUGCCGUUGGACGCAGUCAAAGAAGCUUAUCUCCCAUGACAUCCAUUCCAAUACAUACAAUUACAAACACACAUUCAGUGUUGAGAUUGUACCAGUUUGUAAAGACAGUGUGGUGUGCCUGUCUUCCAAAAUGGCGCAUCAGCUUGGAGGAAUCGGACAGAUUUGCAUAGUACAUCGUAUUACUAAUGUAAUAUGUCUAAUAGACCCAAAUACUGCCCAGAUGGCUGAACUGAAUAGCAGCACAUACUGGAAAGCUCCAUUCAGGGCUCUCUGCACAUCCAAGAAGCUAAUCGAAUUUAUUGUGAUGGACAUUUCUGAGGCUGAGGUGAAGCGAUUCAAGGGCCAAGGACACAUAUCUACAAAGCAUCAGGUAGCCGAAGUCUGGGUGCAGCGGGAGAGCGAGCUGGGAACGGACAAUAUGCUCUUCUGUCGAACUCAUCUUGGUCACCUCCUUCAUCCUGGGGACACAGUCUUAGGAUUCGACAUGUCUACAUCUAAUGUCAACGAUGACAACAUAGACAAGAUGAAUGCAGAUCAUGUGCCUGAUGUUGUGUUGGUCAAGAAGGUAUAUGCUGACAAGGCCACCCGCAAUCGCAGACGUCGUUUCAAGUUGCGACAUCUCGGUCUGGAUGAUGAUACAAACAGUCAAAAUAAGGAUUAUAUUGACUUCCUGGAGGACCUGGAGGAAGAUCAGCAGCUGCGACACAACGUCAACAUCUACCGUGAUGCCAACAAACUCCAGAACACAGACACAGAGAGCGAAGCUGGUGAGGUGCCCAGGAUCGGCCUUGAGGAGAUGCUGGACGACCUGCAGAUUGACAUGGAAGCGGCAGGAGGGAAUGAUGAUGAUGAGGAGGAGGAGAUGGAUGAGUGAGCAAUGACAUGGAUAUAGAAAUAAAUAGAUAUCAUGGAUGAAGGUCAUGGAAGAGUAGAUGAAUGAUUGAAAACAAGAGAAAAGUAUGCAUGCAAAGAAAUACCUCUAAAGAAUGAAGAGAUGAUGAUUGAGAGAGUGACAUUGACAAUGAAAGGAAGGCAGGAAAUUGGUUGAAACUGUUGAAACGUCUUGUGAGGAAGGCGAUACCCAUAGUUUUGAGGACAGGGUAAGGAAGGAGAUGACAUAACUUGAUAAAAGAAUUGGACAGCUGGGAAAAGUGAUAACAGAAAUGGUGGCAAUUGGAAUGUUGAAAGGAUGGAAAAAUAAAUGAACUUGGUUAGGAGUUUUGGUAAUAUAUCCAGAAAAAAAAACUAUUUUAGUGUGAUGUGUAAAAGGUUUUGGUGAAUGUUGUGUUGUUUUUGUGCAAAGGAAUAUCUUGUCUUGUAAGAAUGGUACAAAAGUACAAGAUUGACUGUAGAGUUAAGUAAAUGAAAAAAAGAAUCCUAUCACAACUAGUGUCCUAUAAUAAGUUAAUAUGUUUAAUCUUUGUUGUGUAGUGAAAUAAGAUUAUUUAUGAAAUAUCGUUGGGCCAGGUACUGGUCUUCCGAGGUUGCUUUUGUAUCAUUUUCUCUUACCCUUUACUGCCAAUGAUAGAAAUGUGUAUAUAUAAAUUGAAGGUAUACAUCUUGGUAACUUUAAUGGAAUAUAUAUAUGUAUUUAAAUAUUCUAACCAUAAAAUUUUGUACAUAAA